AUGGUCGCCUUCAAAUCCCUCUUCAUCCUCGCCGCAGCCUCUCUGCUAUCAACAGCCACAUCCAGCCCAUCCUCCGGCUAUACCGGCUCCAGACCCUGGGCCAACGCCAAAGAUGCCACAUCGAAUCUCGCAGUCAACGUCGGCUCCGGCACUGAGAUAAUCAUCAUAGCCGCCAACGGUGGUGGCGUCAGCUCAACGAAGUACUACAACACCCAGUCCAUGGUCGCGGCGACAACACACAUGGUGACUGUGGGCGGCGCAGCAGGCCUCGUCUACACCCCCAGCAGCAUCAACGCCGCCGUCGGAGAUAUUGUGCAGUUCAACUUUGAGUCUAAGAAUCACACUAUUACUCAAUCCUCCUUUGCGACUCCAUGCGUGCAGUCCGUUGGCGGCUUCGAUUCCGGUUUCAUGCCUAACGUCAACAACACCGUUUCGCCGGCACCCAUGUUGCAGUUCCAGGUCACUACCAGCGCACCUGUAUGGAUGUUCUGUGCUCAAAAGGGACAUUGCGGUGCUGGAAUGGUGUUUAGUAUUAACCCUACUGCUGCGAAGUCGCAGGCUGUGUUUGAGGCUGCUGCUAAAGCGCAGAAUGGUACCGCCGCUCCUGGCGCUCCUCCCGCCGCCGCUGCUCCUCCCGCUGCUGCUGCUGCUGCUCCUCCUGCUGCUGCGUCCAGUGGUUUGGCAGUGUUUGGAUCGGCUGCCUCAAGCAGUGUGGCGGCGAUUGCUGCUGCGACCCCAGGGGCUAUUGCAACGGGUACUGGUACUAUGACUUCGGGUGGUGCUUGCUCUUGUUCUUGUCUGUGUGGAGUCGCAGAUCUCCCUGUUGGUGCUGGUAUUGGUGCGAUGGGAGGGUUUGGUGGCCAACUCUCGAUGAUCGCUGCUGCACCCAAGAGGCGGUCUUUGUUAGAUCGCAGAUUAUAA